AUGACUCGUUCACGAUGGAUGCAUGUGCGGCGGUAUGGUACGCAGACGCAGAGCGCGCAGGCAGAUGCAAGUGCACGCAAACAGCGUCUGGUCGUGCUAGGCACAGGCUGGGGCGGAUAUGCGUUUCUCAAGUCGCUCUCGUAUGCAAGCCUACGCCGAUUCGACGUCAAGGUGAUCUCGCCCACCACGUCGUUUUCGUUCACACCGCUGCUUGCACAAGCAAGCUGUGCAACGCUCGACUUUCGAAGUGUCGUCGAACCGAUCCACUCGAACCGUUGGAUGGAAUACCACCAUGCGUGGUGCGAUGCGGUCGACCUGAAAGCCAACCGCAUCGAACUCACCUCGGCGUUCAACCCUCAGUUCCGACUAGCGGAUCCACUGCUCGACGCAAACCCUGCUUCCAAGGACGAGUCCAACAAGGACGAGUCGAAACGCGUCACGUACUCGCUCCAGUACGACUACCUCGUGAUUGGCGUCGGCUCGUACAACGCUACGUUUGGCACCAAGGGCGUCAAAGAAAACGCACUCUUCUUGAAGGACGUCAGCGAUGCGCGAGCGAUUCGAUGGCGCAUUCUGGGCCUCUUCGAAAGCGCCAAUGCCAAGCAACGCCAGUACACACACCAGGGUCAAGUCGCGAUCUCGGCUGAACAAGAGCAUCAGCUGCGACGGCUGCUCAGCUUUGUGGUUGUAGGUGGUGGACCGACCGGUUCCGAGUUCGCCGCGGAACUGCACGACUUGAUCAACGACGAGCUCUCGCGCUUGUAUCCAAACGUGUGCGCAUACGCUACAGUCCGACUGCUGGAUGCUGGAAGCACGAUCCUCUCGUCGUUCGAUGCGCGUCUCGCCGAGUAUGCGAUCAACAAGUUUGCACGCGACGGCAUCCAGGUGCAACUCAACGCCAAGAUCCGACGUGUCGAACGCGAUGCCGUGGUGCUCGACUCUGCCGGCGGCCACCAAGAGCGCAUCGCUGCUGGAAUGGUGAUCUGGAGCACAGGCAUCACCACGUCUCCUCUCAUCCAAGCCUUCCGCGGUGUUGCCAAACAAGACCGAACUGGCAAACUGCUGACCAACCAUACGCUCAACCUAGUCAUCCAUCCCUCGCACCCGAAUCCCGGAGCCAACGUCCUCAAUCCUGCAGCGGACGAUUCGCACAUGGGCUCACCAUCCCAGCCGCCCACACCGCUCGACAACGUGUUUGCCCUCGGAGACUGCUCUGCGUCCCCCGACGCCCUGCCCGCUACCGCGCAGGUCGCCUCACAACAAGGCACGUAUCUCGCGCACCUCUUCAACUCACACCUUGCCUCGGCCUCGCCCUCAUCCCGAUCCUCGCAGCCGAAACCGUUUGUGUUCCACGACAAAGGCAGUAUGGCGUCGAUCGGUUCGCGAAGCGCGCUGAUCGACUCUCCUGUCAAGAAGGACUCGGGCACGCUUGCUUGGCUCCUCUGGAGAUCCGCCUAUACCAUCAUGGCGAUGAGCUGGAGAAACCGCUUCCUGGUCCCUGCGAAUUGGGCAAGCAACCUCCUCUUCGGCAGAGACGUAGGCCGCUUCUAA